AUGGUAUUAUUGAGGUCUUCUCGUGGCGACACGGCGUUUCGGACCUUGCAUAACAUUCGGCCAGGGGUAAAGGUAAGUAUCACGGGGUUGGGUAAGGCAGAAAGGGCGUGGAUUUGGGGAAAUUAUUCAAAAG